CCUGCAUACGAGCUAUGUCCUAAGAGGCAUGAAUCGCCUGCAUCUUCAUUGCCACACUUCGUCCCACGGCGCCAGCCGCAGUCGAUGAGCAUCCGCAGCCUGACUCUUCGCGCAUGGCGCAAAAGAGAGAGGUCUCUCGACGACGUUACGCGACUUCUUGUCCAUGUCACUCGAGGUCGAGUGCAAUCAGCGACCCCCGAUACCCGAAAGGCGCCUCAUCCGCGCUCGCGACCUAGAUACUCGGACUGUCUUUUACGGACCUUCCUCCUUGCGCCCAACUGCAGUGGGCUGUCUGCCUCGAUAACUUUCCCAAGCACGGGACCUGGAAUAACGAGGAGGUACAGUCUUGCCGAGCCGGGUGUACAGACAGAGAGGGGCAUUGUGGUCUGUUAUGGGCACACUUUGGACAACAACCGGCGCAAGACUCAUGCAUACACGAAGACCACGAGAAAGAAGACGACAGGAUCUAGAAAACAUACAUCGAACCUGACCAUCGGUUUUCUGCGCAAAUGGUUUCACGUGCUGAAGUAGCAGAUCGGUCUCGAGGGCCUGCCUCUGUCGUUUCUCGAACGUCGCGGUCUAGACACCACCAUCGAAAUAGAUCACAUCAUGGAGGCCAAACUCAGACUUCUCUGAACGAGUUUCCCUUUUUCUCCCAGUCUGGAGAUGUCGAGAUUGUGAUAGCAUGUGAUGGACACGAGAAGCGAUAUCUAUUACACCGCUUUACGCUGGCGCAGUUUUCGGGAUUCUUUGAAGGCAACACUCGCGAAGAAUGGUCGCGCAAUCAAGCUAUUGCACCUUCACGGCAGGAGCAAGCUCUCAGUGUGAUCGGCGAAGAGUCAUCGCAUCCCGGCUCUGCGCACAGUAUACAAGGGAGACCGAUCUCACCGCCUCGGCCGCGCUGGCGUUUUGAAUUAGACUGGGAGAAUCUCGAGGAAGAUGAAGACGAGCCCAUUCUGGUUCGAAGAACACCCGAAGGAGCUUUGUUUACUACAUCCCACCCACCGCCACCACCUUAUCAAGCUGAGCCGCAACGAAGGCCGCGCCCACAACCUACACAUACAUCUUUUUUUAGAUCCAUGGCAAAUCUUGCUCUAACUUCGCACCAUGGAGCGUCGCAAUCAACAGCUCAGCUCCCUGUGACGGUAGACCCUGCAUUGGGCAAUCCUCUGUUGCGCGACUACGACAACCUGUUCCGAAUCUUCUACAAUUACCCUCCACUCUUGAAUGCCACGAACAUCGCCUCUGCCUAUUCCGAGUGCAAGGCUUUGCUCAGCUUGGCAGACAUGUACGAAGCCUUGCCAGUUGUCGGGCCUCGGAUUGAUCACCAUCUACUGCGAUUCUCGAGUCGACUGUUCAAGCAGAUCGCGAAAUACCCACCAUCAUAUCUGAAAUUAGGCUACCUUGCCCGGAGCCGUAUAAUCUUCUCCGAAGCACUUACACAUGUUGUUGGCCAGUGGCCCGCAGGUCUGCCAUACAUCAAGUCUCCUGACCCCAAUGGGGGCGGGUAUGAAGUCCCACAGUCCGUAAUUGAUCUGAUCGAGGAUAAAGUCGACGAACUAGAAGAGUUGAAGUUGCGCAUCGAGACGAAAUUGUUCAGAUUGACGCUUACCACGAGUCGUGGUGAACGGGUCAAUCCAGUAAACGACUAUUUGGGCUGGCUUGCAAUGAGCCUAUGGAGGCAAUGGCUUGCCGAAAACACAACUCCAGAAGUCCGUGGUAUAUUGAAAAACACAUCGCCUUCUUCCUCCUCGAGACCAGGCAGUGCGAACCCCGGUGGUGCGAAUGUUCCGCCUCGACGAACAGGAGGUACUACGGCAGGUGACACAGCGACCUUGGCCGUCCAACAUCCACCUCCACCACCUCCGGUGCCUGUCAACACAGGUCGAGUAUUCCGGAUGAUUGGAGCAACGAAUCCCGAGGCGUUCCUGCCACGGGAUGAAUUAAAACGGUUCCUCAAGAUACAGCCGCCGGGUCAUUCCACCUCGGCGGUCUACACGAGGGACAACCUUCGACGAUUUGAACGAAAGAUUGACGAAAUCAAAAAUGUCGCCAGGGAUAUUGUGAAGCCGUUAACAAGAAACUGUUUGGAACUUGAUGUACGAAGUUUUUUGAGUGACGGGCAAGGUGGCGGCGGCGGGUUGGGAUAUUUGACUUGUAUGAGGUGUGAAGAGGAAGACAUCCCUUGGGAAAUUUAAUUCGAUAUGGAAUCUCACCAAAUUCUCUCACGAGCACCGAUUUCUCUGGAAACACAAGGCGCUUUGUGUAUUACUCACGAUACCAACGACCUGGACGAAUUUUUUUAAGGUGGGAUUUUUACCCCCCUGUUUUUACGCGCUUAAUGAAUCAUUGAAGGAUUGAUCGGACUUUAUGGACAAAUAUAUCUAUCAGAUAACUCUUGUGUAUUUGUUUUUUGAUUUUCCCUGGUGGAAAUUGGAAAUGAAUUGGAUCGAUAUGACUAUAUAUUUGAUGAGUUGAAAUUGAGAUUGAGAUUGAGCCUGUGAGACGACAUGCGUCUAUGUGAAC